AUGUCGCCCAUUACAGAAGGAAAUGUGAAUGCGAAUGCCUUCACCGGAAGUCACCAUGGAUCAGAUCCGGGUAUACGAAAUCGUGGCGACGGAAGAUUGUCGUUUGUUAAUAGUGACAAAAGACCGUUAUCACGAGCAGGAAGCAUGGAAUCGAACGCGCCUGGAACUCAAUUAAAGGAAAAUUCAAAUCUGGGAAGCAUUCGGAACGGUGUAUUCCAUUCAUUAGUAGACAUGAGUAACCUAAGCAAACAUAAAAUGGAAUUUUUCCACAAGGAGGAAUGUUUAUAUUCACACGAAAUGUUUCUUAAAGCUGGGAAAAUUUACGAUUCUUUAAAACACGAAGAAACAGAUGUUAAAAAAACAGAGCACACCGAGGAUAACGAGGAAGUUGGUUUCAACAGUCUAGCUCAAUUAGAUUUUGAAAAUGAAAAUGAAAAACGUUUAACGUUUGAAUUGGCCUUUUCUACUUUAAAAUGUGAGAUAAUUACAACUGAAAUAGAAGGAGAAUACAAUACAUAUACUGUAUAACGCCUAGUGUAAUACGCACACAAACGCAGUUAUGACUGACGUGUAACUAUUUGUAUUACAGACCAGUCCUUAUUUGAAGAUAUUGUUUACGAAACGUCGUUUUAUAAUCAUUACCCAGAACUACAAGAAGAUGAAGGCAUCGUCAUGGUGGUGUUAUACGACUAUCAAAACCGUCGGUUCCAGUACCGCGUACCGUUUCCAGACGAGGAACUCAACGAAAUAGUCACUAAGGUAGAAACAGCUAUAAACGAUAUGAAAACAAAAUUAGCUGCAGCAAUAGCUCGACAUAGAAUCAAAGCUAGUGCCAGAUCUUUAGAGUUCCUCCUGCCAGAAAGUGUCCGACACAGCGACGAGGCGAAGAGCAAGAUGCCGGCGUAUUUCUGGAUUAACCAGUUACGGACAAGUACAGAAGACGUGAUGGAUCUGUUACGAGUGGAAGGGUUUAAGAUCGUGAAUUCUGUACGGGAACUGGGUGAUGAUGGAGACAAGUUUUAUUGUUUUGAUCACCAUUGUCCAGAUCUACUGGUCGUGGCCUCACAUCAAGUUAAAUCUCUACAGGAAUCUGAUAUUGUUAAUGAUGGUCUAAUAGUCAGACAGGAUAAGUCAAGCUGUUUGGCGCCACAUACAGUUAAAUAUCUACUAAACGAAGAUGAUGACGUCAUUCACGUUAACGCGGGAUUUGGUUUGACUUCUGGUCACAUAGCCAGCUUAUUGAAACCUUCCAAAAGUCACAUCUUUGCUUUUGGCGCCACCGGUGAUGCAGAUGUGUACAGAAUUCACAAAAACCUUGGCCGAUUGGGCGUCGGGAAAUGUGUGAGAGUAAUAUCGGAACCAUUUUUAAACAUAGAGCCAGACGAUAGCCGGUAUAAAUCAGUUCGUAUUGUCCUAGUCACAGCGGACUGUACCAAAUCAGCAGUCACUAACCCUGUAGAGUUUGUGGUCAGCGAGGGAGAAGAUAUGACGAUAUUAAAGGAUCUAUCAGUGGGUGAUAAAGAUGCUAUGAAAAUAAACCAACUAAAUAAUGAACAUUCUAGGAUUCUAAAACACGCCAUGAGAUUUUCGAAAGUACAGGCGGUAGUGUAUAUGACCAGGUCGGUCCAUGAAGCCGAGAACGAGAUGGUGGUGGAAAAAACAGUAGAGUAUGUGAACUCGAUACAACAGAAAAAGAUGCCAUUCCGUCUGGUGCCACCGGUUCUAGCUUUCAGUGCAGAUGAGAUUGAAAACAAUCGUGGAAUCUGCGGGAAGUAUAUGAAAUUUAAACCAUCCAAUACAAUGAAUGGUUGUUUUGUGGCCGUCAUCACAAGAGAGCCAGAAGAUUUGAAAGAUUCCGCGAAGGAUGCUAUAGCACGUGCCAAUGCUAAAGGACUUUUGGGCGCGAAAUCAAAGAAAGGUCACGAUUCGGAUAACCAUCAUGGACACCAUAUCAAAUCUAAAAAAUCUCGGAAAAAACUUCGAGCUAGUGCUAGCGCUGGAUUUAAACCUAAUAUGACAAUCAGUUCAAAUCGGAUGCAGAUGUAUCAGAAAUCGUCAGGAUUGAAGCAAGUCAUAUCGGCUGCACGGAAACGGGACCAGGACGACAAAACUAAGCAUCUGAGUCUACCCAGACUUUGGUGUAGAAAAUGGAUAUAAAAAAAGCAAAAUGAAAAGUCUCACACUAAUAAACUGUUCCUAGAUUAUUUUGCUCAUCCGGUGACUUAAACAGUUGAAGCAUCAACAGUCCACUUCAUUUUUAGGUAGUGUAAGUAGUAAUGAACACUAUAUAGGUCUGGCUUGUAAUGUUUCAUUUACUAUUUAUUCUACCUCAAAAAUGAAGUGGACCGCUCCUACAAUUUGGCAUCGUUCUCCAAGGUGCAUAAAUAUCCAUGUAAAGAAAGUGGGUUAAAGGUAUUUUUGCACGUCCAUUGGCAUUUCCAGACUUAAAAGUAGAGUCCAUUAUGUUCCAGAGGUAGAAUAAGUGACACAUGAUCUUAACAAGCCAGAGUAAUAUUUUGUUUAUUUCUGUGGACGGUCUUUGUUACGUGGUUAUGACUAAAAUGCAGUCAAAUGUAGUGCGACAUUGAGCAUUAUUAUGGUUUGUUACAUUUCAUACAUGACGUCAAUAUUAUGGAGGAUUAUUUUUACUAAUAAAUAUCUGUUUCGUU